GAAAAUAAGUACCGGACAGAGGCUGAGAUGUUCGGGUGGAGUUUUGUCUUUGAGGAGUUUGUCGCCAAUGAGCUUAGAAACAAAGUGACUCAUCAAAUGGUGCCUGCAGGUCCUAACUCUGGCAUCCAAGAGAGACUGGAGCUCCCAGUGCUACACGUGAGCUGGAAUGAUGCUCGGGCCUACUGUGCUUGGAAGGGGAAACGGCUGCCCACUGAGGAAGAGUGGGAGUUUGCUGCCCGAGGGGGCUUGAAGGGUCAGGUUUACCCAUGGGGAAACCAGUUCCAGCCAAACCACACCAACCUGUGGCAGGGAAAGUUCCCCAAGGGUGACAAGGCGGAAGAUGGCUUCCACAGAGUCUCCCCAGUGAAUGCUUUCCCUCCACAGAAUAACUAUGGACUCUAUGACCUCAUGGGCAACGUAUGGGAGUGGACGGCAUCUCUGUAUCCAUCUGCUGACCAGGACAUGCGUGUUCUCCAGGGGGCAUCCUGGACUGACACAGCUGAUGGCUCUGCCAAUCACCUGGCCCAGGUCAAUACCAGGAUGGGUAACACUCCAGAUUCAGCCUCAGACAAUCUAGGCUUCCGCUGUGCUUCCAGCAUAGGCCGACUGCCUGGAGAGUUGUGAACAGCCAUGCAGAGCCAAGAAGAAGAGCUCCCUGGUACCCACGUCUCUCCCUGGCCUCCAAAGCCAAACUCCAGGCUCUUCAGAGUUGGCCUUGGGAAUGGCCUCCUUCCCCCUUUCCCCAUUCCUCCCCUGGCCAGGAGAGGACUGUGACCUCAGAAGGGGGUACCAGUGUGUCGUGGAGAAGGGACCCGACUUACUGAUGGUGCCCAGGGAGCAGAGUGUUCUCUUAGAGGUCAGAUGUUAGCCAUACAGGGGCCAGUCCUCCAACAGUCAGGGUAGAGUACUCUAAAAGGCACUUAAAAAUUCUUAAAUCUGUUCCCUCCCACUUUCUCAGUGUCUGAUUCAGGGAUCUGACUUUGUUUUCUCAAGGCAGAAUUUUCUCCAUUUUUCUUUGUUUUCCCAGCAAACCGCUAUAGAAGGAAAAUACUUCCUUCAUUCACCCCAUUUGUCAGUUUCAUAUACUUCUGAAAGAACCUAAUUUCUACUAUCUGCGUGUAGAAUGCAGUAGCUGGGCUCUUUAAAGCACAAAGUGAGUCUUAAAAGGGUUUAGGAGAACCAAGUUAUGUACCAGACAAAACUGCAUUUUGGGAGUCUUACAGUGAAUAAUACUCGAGAGAGACGAAUACCAGAACCUUCCCUUUAUAUUAUUAACUAUAUGUGGGCUUCCAUAUGCCUGUAAACACAUGUCCCUGGAAAAGAACCUGCUUUCAUGAUGUCACUGGAUGUUGUGAGGUCAGUAAAAUCCCCUGUGAUUGUGUAUCUCAGACUGUCCUGUCUUUGAUCCUCACCCUGGACCCUACGGGAAGUACACUCAAGUGUCAGGAACUCUGGGCCUCCCAUGAGAAGGAGCCAAGAUGGUGGUGCAGCUGGGAAAUAGAGAAGCAGGAGGACUCUCAGAUGCCCUCUCAUUCCCUCUCCAUGGGGCCUGCCCUGACCACACUUAACAAGGUGUGAUGGGAGCACGCUGCUUUUCUUGUGCAGAGCUCUGAGAGGGGUUAAUGGCCCUAGUUCCAGGGGUCCUGGCCAGGGCCAAGUGCUCCCUCUGGACAGAGGCCUGGACGUGAUUUCCCUCCUCAACUUCUAUUUCUGUAGCAUUCCCUCCUUGCC